AUAGAGGUUUGGAACAACAUGAGGGUGAGUAGCCUAAAUACUGACAGAAUUUUCAUUUUGGGGUGAACUAACGGUUUUCGGAGUCAUUCAGCGCCCCCUGGAGGAAGAAUUGAGUGUUUGCUGCUCACUGCGACACUCGCAUGCGCCGUACGGCAGAUGUUUACUACAGUUCUGAACACGUUUGCGGCGGCAACACGGCAGUGGACAGCGUGAGUGUUUUCUUUUGUAAACUUCCUCCUAAAGCUAAGGAAAAAAUAUUGAGAAUUUAGAGCAUGUCUUCUUUGAUUGUGAAAUGGUGCAACCCUUUUGGAGUGAGGUGCAGAACUGGUUAGUGACUAGGAGGGUUGAACUUCCACCUCUCACGGUGAAGUUAAUUAGGUUUGGUGUUUGUCUGGAUAACAAAGAUUAGUGAUCACAGCCCUUUCAAAAUAAUUCGACAAUAAACGCUGGGAAUAUUCUCAUCAUCAAGGCUAGAAGUGCAUCUGAACACGCAGGAGACACUCCAGGUGAAUCUGUGUGCCGUACUAGAGUAAAGAUGGACUUUAUUAAAAAGGAGAUUGAAGACAUGAGUGAUCCAGAACCAUCCAGAAUAAAACAUGAAGAUACUGAGGAACAAAUAGACCAGGUGAGAGUGAAAGAGGAAAGACAAGAAAUGAAUGAAAUGGAGGAGGAACAUCGUAACUUUACAAUUCAAAGAACAAAAGCCAAAAAGACGCACACCUGCACUCAGUGUGGAAAGAGUUUCUCACAGAAAGGAAACCUUAACACACACAUGAGAAUUCACACGGGAGAGAAAUCGUAUACAUGCACUCAGUGUGGAAAGAGUUUCACACAGAACGGAGACCUUAAAACACACUUGAGAAUUCACACUGGAGCAAAACCGUAUACAUGCACUCAGUGUGGAAAGAGUUUUACUCAAUCAUCAGGUCUCAGUGAUCAUCUGCGCAUUCACUCUGGAGAAAAGCCAUUUAACUGUGAUCAGUGUGGUAAAAAUUUUAGUUCAUCAUCAAAUCUAAAAUCACACCUGAAAGUUCAUUCAGAUGAGAAGCCUUAUGUGUGUUCUCUCUGUGGAAAGAGUUUUUCACGGCUGGAUCAUUUGAAACUGCACCAGAAAACACACAAUGAACUGAGAGAUUAUAUGUGCUUUGACUGUGGGAAGAGCUUUACUAGAUCUGAUCAUCUGAAUCGGCACCAAAUAAUUCAUACUGGAGAAAGACCUUACAAGUGCUCAUAUUGUGACAAGAGUUUCACUCAUUCUGGAUCUCUGAAAUCACACGAGCGAAUUCACACUGGAGAGAAGGCGUACGACUGUACUCAGUGUGGGAAGAGUUUCACCCGAUCAAGUAGUCUAGGGACUCAUAUUAGAAAGCAUUCCAAAAAGACGCACACCUGCACUCAGUGUGAAAAGAGUUUCAGAGAGAAAAGAUACCUUAACUCACACGUGAGAAUUCACACUGGAGAGAAACCGAAUACAUGCACUCAGUGUGGAAAGAGUUUCACACAGAAAGGACACCUUAACUCACACAUGAGGAUUCACACUGGAGCAAAACCAUAUACAUGCACUCAGUGUGGAAAGAGUUUUGCUCAAGCAUCAACUCUCAGUUAUCAUCUGCGCAUUCACUCUGGAGAAAAGCCAUUUAACUGUGAUCAGUGUGGUAAAGAUUUUAUUUCAUCAUCAAAUCUACUCCAACACCUGAAAGUUCAUUCAGAUGAGAAGCCUUAUGUGUGUUUUCUCUGUGGAAAGAGUUUUUCACGGCUGAAAAGUUUUAAACAGCACCAGAAAACACACAAUGAAGUGAAAGAUUAUUUGUGCUUUGACUGUGGGAAGAGCUUUAAAAUAUCUGAUCAUCUGAAACGGCACCAAAGAAUUCAUACUGGAGAAAGACCUUACAAGUGCUCAUACUGUGACAAGAGAUUCACUCAUUCUGGACACCUGAAAGAACACGAGCGACUUCAUACUGGAGAGAAGCCGUACUACUGUACUCAGUGUGGAAAGAGUUUCACCCGAUCAAGUAGUCUAGUGACUCAUAUUAGAAAGCAUUGUUCUGUGUCACAGUGAGCAAAUGUUUUGUUAGAUUCACAUAAAGUAAAUGUGUAGUUAGUUAACUAAUAAACUUAGCCUGGAUGCCAGCCCGAACUCCGCCCACAACAUUUUUUGGUCGGGAAGUUCGGUCUGGACUCGAUCCAUU